CCGACUUUUGAAAGCAACUCGAACGCAGCAUCAACUCAUUGGGAAGCCGCGCUUACUCAGUCGUGCUUAAAAGUGAGCUGUAUUUGAAGGUGGGGGGAGAAAAUCAUGGCAAGUCUGGUAGCUGUAUGCAAAGAAAAUGAAAAGGACUACUGCUUUCUUACCGGACAGAUUCCUCUCUUUAUCGAUGACUCGUUCACGAUGGUGAUGGAAUUUUCUGAUCGUAUCAUGGACGUAGACAAAAGAGUAAUUAGUAGUUCCCAUUGGAAACAAUUCACAGAGGGUCACUCCAAAUUGAAACAACAGGACUUGACUGCGGCCUUGUCAGUGGUGUCCACACAAGUGUUUAAAGCAUUGUCCCAACUGGUGCCAUGCGUGAGCUGCAGACGCAGUGUGGAGCGCCUCUUCUCCCAUUUAGUGGAAUCGGGCACCCCAGCCUUGGAGCCGCUCACGUUGAAGCCUACGGGUGUGCUGUCCGUCACCAAGGCUUGUUUAGCGGACGUAAGGAAGCUGUACAGCCUCCUCUACAUCCAAGGGUCGAAGUUGAAUGCUGUAAUUGAUGCCAUUCCUAAAAGUAAAAAGACCACCCGGUGCCAGUUGCACUCCUUGGACACAGGCAAACUCAGACCUGUAGGGGGAAUCUGGAUGGAUGUGUGGGAGCGGAUGUCCAAGGAGUGCAGGGAUGAGGUGGUACUUAUCGAUUGCGCCUGUCUUUUAGAGAAACUGGAGACCCACUUGCAAAAACAUGGGUUGUGCACCGACUGUAAGACCAAAGUCAUGCGGGCAUACGAUAUCUUGAUUGGGGAAGUGGACAGCAGUGAGGAGAAAGAAUAUUGCGCCGACCUGUACGAGGGAUUGUGUUGCUGCCCUUGUGAGCAUCACAUCCAGGUGUGCAACGAGACCGACUUCAUCGCCCGCCUCCUUAGCCGGGCCGAGCUUGAGUUUGCAGGAGGCUCUGAGAGGAGACAUGCCAAGACCAUCGAUAAUGCGCAGGAAGAAGUGCUGACAUGUUUAGGCAGUCUUCUCUACGAGCGACUGCACAAGAUUUGGCAGAAACUACGAGCCGAGGAGCAGACCUUCCAGAUAUUGUUCCAUGUGGGCAUUGAUGAGUUGCGCAAAAGCUUUGAGACGGCAGUGGAGAAGAUGCAGGGGAUCACUCGGCUCGAGCAGUUUGUCGAGGAGCUGUCGGAGAAAGAGAGAGCGAAGCAGCUCAAGCAAGAGAAAAAGAGGCAAAAGCGGAAAAAUCGGCACAGAAACAGGUUGGAUCAGGAAACGGCAAUCAAGGAAAAGUAUGAGGAGGGGUCUCUCGAGUCUAAGGAGGGUAGUUGUACUGCCUGCGAGAGCAACGAUAAGGGCGAGAACAUUCCUCCGAAUGUCUGCACAAGCUUUGGUUGUCCGGCUAAACAAGAUCCACAUAAGACAACCAGCAACCAGCCCAAACUUACAUUAACAAGUAAAGGAGGGAAGCAAGUUUGCAUUUUGCAUCCUUUUGCCGUUUCCACUGCGAGCGAUUGCGGCUACGCAAGCAUGGAGGGCAGUGAGAUGGGGUCACGAGAAGGUUCCGAUAUUUCCUGCUCCGAAGGACUCUGCAACCACGAUGAAGCAGGUGAGUCCAAUGAGUACGCUGAAGAUAAAGAGGAGGAAGAGGAGGCAACAGACAGCUGUGUCGACUGCUGGCCACACUCUGAGGAAAAGUCACAAUGCAAGAGUAAAAAAAAGAAAAGAAAAGGAAAUAAACCGGGGCACACCGAUGAAAGUCACAGUGUGACACCAUCCAACGUUAGCCAAACCAAAGGUCUGAAGUCCUCAUGUGUUAAGAAGAGUUUUGCACAACUACCAUGGGCACGACACGGAAACUACCUUGAUUCCGGACCAUUCGAGGCCAACAUGGGUCUAGUGGACUUCCUGGAUGAUUCUGAAGUCAUUUCAGAUGAAGAGAAUGGGCUCACGCAGGAUGAAAUCCAAGCAUUCGUAGACAGACAUCGGGUGUUCUACACCAACCGUCACAAGUAUCGACAGCUCCUGAAAGAGAAAUUUACCAACUAUUGCUGUGCAAGUGACCAAAGACUGCCUGAGGCAACUGGUUUGUGAAAGUAUACACUUGUUACAUCUCAAAAGAAAAUCAUGGUGACCACUCCUAGUGCAAAUGCAGAAGGUAGAAAUUUUGGAUUGAUUCUUUGUCAAUUUUUAAUGAAUGUGAUUCGUGUCUCAUCUCAAGUCUGCACUUAGAUGAUCAGAUUUUUGAUUUCCCCAACCUCGUACCUUGAUUCUCAUUAACCAAGCCCUGUGACUUGGUGGUGCUUGUACAAGGCUUUCGGAUAAGAGCACAGUGGGAAAUGGAAAUCUAUUGUUGUGAGCUUGCAGGAGUCUUACUUGUCUUGAGAUGUUCUCUUGGGUGACACUUCAGCAUGGUGAUAAAGGUUGCACUCUAAAAGUGUAUGAAAAUCAAUUCUUAAAAAAAAAAGGUUCUACAUUGAAUUGAAAUGAAAAGAAAUGGGUUGUGACAGUGCAGAAUUUGAAGAGUUAAUAAAGCAUUUAUUCAUCCACA